GCGGCUGAUGGACAGGCUGGUGGCACGGGACUGCUCCACGCCGUGCAUCCUCUACCGCAUGUGGCAGUGGGUCGCCGUGCGUAUCGCCCAUGCCUUGCUGCGUACACGAGAGGAGUUCGAGGGCGUGGACACGGACGCCCUCCGGCGCUACGUGGAGGACGGCCGCCUGCCGUACCUGGGUCGCGCCCGCAGCGUCGUGUUGGACGACGACGUGGACUGCGCCGUGCUCGUGCAGGGCACCAUGUGCACGCAGGGCACCGGCGGCCGCGUCUUCUUCGGGCCGCAGUUCGUGCCCGAGAGCGUGCGCUGCCUCGACAUACAGGGCAACCCCGAUACGCGUCCGUUGCCGGUGCUGCUGCUCCUCUGCAAGCACCGGUACCGGCUGCCCAACGAGCUCGACUGGCAGAACAUGCCGGGCGAGCUCUUCUCCACCGAGCCCGAGUACCGGACGCGCACCAUCACGCAGCCGGGCCGGCGCCUUUCGCAGCGUUCCGGCGCCGCCAGGCGGCGCUGAAUGCCGACUAUUUUGGAGCGCCAUGCCACGUGCGUGACGCUCCUAAAAUAAUUCACGAUAGCAUUCUUGAUAAAAGACAGUCGUAUCGUAACUCUGUGCAGGAUUUCGCCUUACCUUCGUGUUCACCCGAUUAAUCGUCGGCGGCAACUGCGUUUUUGAAACCUCCGAACUAAUCGACGUAUUAAGGAACUCUACUUGUAGACCUUUUGCAGGCAUCUGCUCCAGAGAUCGAAGGCACAAGUCGUGAGCGUGGGAAUGGCAUUUAGUUCUUCCCUCAAACCUCAAAACAUUAGUGAACAUUUAAAUAUGUUAGCGUACUAUUCGGCAUGUUGCACGUCUC